UUCCAGCUUUUCUGGGAAAAAAGACUCCAAGGCCUCAGCGCUUCCGACGUCAGCGAGCACAGCAUCAAAUCCAUGGAGCUUCCCAAAGGCCUGCAAGGAGUAGGACCUGGGAGCACGGCGGAGACGCUGCUGUGGGCGGUGGCCAGCGCCCUGCACGCCGGCAACGCCCCCAUCACCGGCCAACUGUCGGCGGCGGCCGAGAAGAACCCGGCGGUUUGGCUCAACACCUGCCAACCCCUCUGCAGGGCCUUCGUGGUGACUGAUGAGGAUAUCAGGAAACAAGAGGAGAAGGUGCAGGAAGUGAGGAAAAAGCUGGAAGAGGCUCUGCUGGCCGACCUGAUCUCCAAGAGCUCCGAGAAUUCCAAGGAUUCCUUGGAAAACGGCCCGGAAUUUUAA